ACACGGGAACGAGCAACGAAAGGAUGCGUUUUGGAGACGGGUUAUUAAUCAUUUUAUGAAACUUCCCGGUGCAAGGAUACGAAACAUGGACCAAAUGACGUCGAAGUGGACGGAUUUGAACGGGAAAAUUAGCAAGUUCAACGCUUGUUUCAUUCAAAAGAGCCGAAACCCACAAAGUGGAGCGAGCGAGGCGACGAUCAUGCAACAAGCCACCGCAGAGUAUUGCACAACGUACCAUAAGAGAACUUUUCCACACGUGGCGGCAUGGGAAGUUGCGAGACAUCACCCGAAGUGGGUCCCCGUUGAGUUGGUUGACACGCGUGGUCCUACGGCUCCAAAAAAACGAGGCGGUUCGAAAAGAUCAAAGACAUCCGAGUCGGGGAACUACACGACUUCCGCGUCGGAUAACUUGCCCCAAAUGAACUUAAACGACGACCCUCUUGACGAACCCGAUCAACCCCUUAACGAGCCCGUUGAGGAAGAUACACCCACAAGGCCACGACGCAGACGAGGUGGUGAAUCGUCAAGCAAAGGGAAGGAGGCGGUGGCGGAGUCGAUCUUUAGAAUCGAAGAGGAGAAAAUGACCCAAUUCAAGAAGGCCGAACAAAGAAAAGAAACAAUGAUGUCCCUAAAAGUUGAACGGGAGCAGGCGUACAAGGAACACUUGAAAACGAUUGAAAGACAAAAUGAUUUAAAAAUCUUGUGUGAAAACCACGCCCAUCUCGACGAACCGUUCAAGUCAGUUGUCAUUGAACAAAAGCGCGCGAUUUGCGCAAAGUGGGGUUGGGAGAUGCCACCGGUUUAG